AUGUCUGCAUUUCAAAAAGCUAAUGAAAGCUUGGACUACGAUGUCCUCAUCAUUGGCGGUGGGUUGAGUGGCAUCUACUCACUCUUGCGCAUUCGAGCGCUGGGACUCAGAGUCAAGCUGCUGGAAGCAGGAGAAGCUGAAGGUGGGACUUGGUAUUGGAAUCAUUACCCAGGUGCACGAUUCGAUUCGGAAAGCUACUCGUAUAUUUUUUCUUUCUCGCAAGAGGUUUUGGACGAGUGGGAUUGGACCGAGCAUUUUGCACCCCAAGCCGAAACUCUGAGCUAUAUCCACUUUCUCACCAAAAAGUUUGACUUGAAAAAGGACAUGCAGUUUAGCACCAGGAUCAAGUCUGGCUACUUCCAAAGUCCUGGAAAUCACUGGCUACUGACGGAUGAGAAUGGCAACACAUACAAGAGCCGAUACCUAGUAACAGCAAUGGGCAUUCUCAACCAGGCAACCCUGCCCGCUAUACCCGGCGUCAACGACUACAAGGGUCAAUCUUGGCACACGUCUAGAUGGCCAGAUAACCACUCCAGUCUGGAGGGGAAACGCGUUGGCAUCAUUGGCACCGGUGCUACAGCUAUCCAGACUAUUCAAGAGAUUUAUAGGACGGUGGGAAGCUUGACCGUCUUCCAGCGAACGCCCAAUUGGACGGCACCAUUGCGCAACACCAAGAUCAGCCCCGCUGAGAUGGUGGAGAUCAGGGCACGCUAUCCUGAAAUCUUUCGACAAUGUCUACAGUCAUACUCUUGCUUCAUCCACGUUGGCGACUCACGAAAGACCACAGAUAUCUCAAAAGAGGAGCUCUUUGCGCAUUGGGAAAAGCUGUACCAAUUGCCAGGCUUUGCCAAAGUCUUGGGUGUGUCAAAGGACAUUGCCACAGAUCGCGAGGCCAAUCGCCUAUAUAGCGAAUUUCAUGCCAACAAAAUCCGCCAACGCAUCAAGGAUCCUGCCACGGCGGAGAAGUUGAUCCCCAAAAAUCAUGGAUUUGGUACCCGACGAGUCCCCUUGGAAAGUGGAUAUUAUGAGGCAUUCAACGAGCCUCAUGUCCGCCUUGUGGACGUCAAUGAAAACCCCAUAGAACGGAUCACAGAAACCGGCAUCAAGACGAAGGAUGAAGACAUUGAAUUUGACGUCAUUAUCUAUGCAACAGGAUUUGAUGCAGUGACUGGAUCUUUCAACGCCGUCGAUUUCGAGGGGCUUCAUGGGACAAAGCUCAGGGAAACAUGGAGUCACGGCAUACAGACCUUUCUCGGACUGACAGUCAAGGAUUUCCCCAACAUGUUUAUGAUCAUGGGACCUCACCAAAUGUUCGGCAAUAUUCCGCGAAGCAUCGAGUAUGCUGUCAAUUGGACAGCCGACUUUAUCCAAUAUGCUAUGAAUAAUAAUAUCCAGUUCGUGGAGGCCACGCAAGAGAACAUGAACAAGUGGUAUCAACACGUCGAAGAUUGUGGCAAAGGAUUGUUGGCCAAUGAGGUUGAUUCAUGGAUGACGGGUGUAAACAAGAAUUUGUCGCACAAGCAGAAGCGGUCGCUGACUAGGUACAACGGCCCGGCUCCUGGAUAUAGACAACGCUGCGACGAGGUCAAGUCGAGACACUACUCUGAUUUUGUACUUGCUUGA